AUGGAGGUCAGCGUCGAGAAUGAGGUCAAGGAGACAUACCCGGAUUUAUCCAAGGCUGUUCGGUCGGCUCGUCAUGACUGUGAUCUGCUCAGAGAGCAGUAUGAGGAGGAGCAGGAGGCUAAAGCUGAGCUGCAGCACGCUAUGUCCAAGGCUAACAGCGAGGUGGCUCAGUGGAGAACCAUGUAUGAAACUGAUGCCAUUCAGCGCACUGAGGAGCUCGAGGAGGCCAAGAAAAAGCUUGCCCAGCGUCUUCAGGAUACGGAAGAGUCCAUCGAGGCCGUGAAUGUGAAAUGUGCCUCUCUGGAGAAGACCAAACAGAGGCUACAGGGUGAAGUGGAGGUCUUGAUGAUCGAGGUGGAGAGAGCUAAUGCUCUGGCUGCAAACCUGGACAAGAAGCAGAGGAACUUUGACAAGGUUCUUGCAGAGUGGAAGCAGAAGUAUGAAGAGAGUCAGGCCGAGCUGGAAGGAGCUCAGAAGGAGGCGCGUGCUUUGAACACAGAGAUGUUCAAAAUGAAAAACUCCUAUGAAGGAAGCUCUGGGCCACCUGGAGACCCUGAAGAGGGAGAACAAGAACCUGCAACAGGAAAUAAGUGA